GCGGAGAACAGUGCUGUCACGGUGGUGCAGUCCGCAGCGGCAGCCGCAGAAUACCAAGUCGCCGCCGCCGUGAUUGCCAACGCCGCGGCGGAGUAGCUGAUUCUCGCCAUUUUCGUGGAAUUCGUACGGUAGAUCGAGCAGAGGUGUAGGGAAGCAUGAGUACCAGAAAAUGUAAAGAAGACUUAGACAAUGACCCAUGGCUUAUAUUUAUGUGCACGCAUGUUUGGCAGGAAUAAUAAUUGAGGCUUCUUCUCUGCCAUUAAUCCUCUCACUAACAAAAGUGCAUCCCCUGAAAGUGUAUAGCAGAUCUGCAGCGACAAAGCUACUAAUUUCAUACCCCCUUAUUUCCCCUCGAAGAAAAACAAUUAAGAAAUGGGAAAUUCAUUUGGGUGCUCGGCUUCUGGGGAGAGAUUGGUAUCAGCAGCAAGAGAUGGAGAUGUUGUGGAGGCAAAGAAGCUGUUGGAUUGCAACCCAUUUCUUGCCAAGUACUCCACUUUUGGUGGCUUAAACUCCCCUCUUCACUUUGCUGCUGCUAAAGGCCACAACGAGAUUGUGACAUUGUUGCUGGAGAAUGGAGCUGAUGUGAAUUCAAGAAAUUACUGCGGCCAGACGGCAUUGAUGCAAGCUUGCCGAUAUGGACACUGGGAAGUUGUUCAAACUCUUCUUCUCUUUAGAUGCAAUGUUUUGAGAUCGGAUUAUCUCAGCGGAAGGACUGCUCUCCAUUUCGCCGCGGCCAACGGACACGCCCGGUGCGUGAGAUUAGUCGUUGCAGAUUUUGUUCAAAGCCCUCCAUUCGACUCUCUAGACGAUCGAACAGCCAAUAGUAACAUUGCUCUCUCCAAGGUCGUCGACAAGGCUGCUGAUGGCGGCAUCACCGCUCUUCAUAUGGCUGCGUUGAAUGGCUACGCUGACUGUGUUCACCUCCUUCUUGAUCUUCAAGCCAAUGUAUCAUCAAUGACAUUCCACCACGGAACAUCAAUGGAUUUAAUCGGUGCCGGGAGCACGCCCUUACAUUACGCUGCAUGUGGCGGAAACUUGAAAUGCUGUCAGAUACUUCUCGCAAGAAGCUCGAGCAGGUUAUCGGUAAACUGCAACGGAUGCAUUCCUCUAGACGUCGCUAGGAUUUGGGGGCGCCAUUGGCUCGAGCCAUUGCUGGCGCCUAAUUCUGACGUGCCUGUCCCGACGUUUCUGCCGUCGAAUUACCUAUCCUUACCGCUCUCGAGCGCGUUGAAUAUAGCGCGAGACUACGGGUUGCAGUUCUCGGACACUGCUCCGGAGAAUGCAGAAAUUUGCGCCGUUUGCCUCGAGCAAACGUGUAGCGUGGCUGCUGAAAGUUGCGGACAUGAACUUUGUGUAAGAUGUGCUUUGUACCUUUCGUCAUCCAGCAACAAUCCGGCUGCGUCGCAGUCUAAUCCGCCAGGUUCAAUUCCUUGCCCUCUUUGCCGAAACGGGAUUAUGCGUUUCGUCAAACAGUCCUCCGAUUCUUCGGAGGAUUCACCGGCCUCGUGCUCGCUCCAUCGAAAGGAUUUAGACGAGUACGAUGCAUCAAAACCCUCCCUGGGUUUCAACUCUGGAGAGAGCGAAACACGGGAAGAUACUACUGGAAAGGUGAAGUUUGAAGGAGAAAUGAGAGUAGAGAAAAGAUUGUGUUCAUUUGUGUUUCGGAGUCGACGAAAAUGUAGCCAAGAAAAUCAACGCCGAGAUGAAAUUAAGGCGCGGAAACUCCCGAGAUAGCGAACAAUAUUCUUUCAUCGAUUGCAUCAUAAAAAAAACGAAAAAAAAAAACUAACAA